AAAUGCGGUGGUGCCGGGCGUAGGAGCGCUUCGGCCCGGAGCGCUUGGGCUUUCGGACGUUUGGUGGCGUCGCGGGCUGCGCCUGAGCUCGCCCGUGUGUCUCGCUGUACCAUGGCGGACGAGGGGAAGUCAUACAACGGUCAGUGCCGGCCUCCGGGCAAGGGAGCGGGCGAUCUGGGGCCCGAGUGGGUGGCGCCAGCCUAGGCCGCAGCCUCGGGGCCUGAGACCGCGAGGGGCCCGGCGUCCGCGAGCACGAUGACCGCGUUAGUUUCCCUCAAAGAAGAAAGAAAGGCCGGGGUCCUUUCCGGUGGAAGUCUAGUGAGGGGAACCGUAGGUCUGGAAGAGGAGGUUCUGGCAUUCGGUCUUCCCGCCUUGAGGAUGAUGACAGAGAUGUGGCAAUGAGUGAUGCCCAGGAUGUUCCCCGAGUAAGAUACAACCCCUAUGCUGCCCGACCCAACCGUCGGGGUGAUGGUUGGCAUGAUCGCGACCGAAUUCAUAUUACUGUGCGGAGAGACAGACCUCCUCAAGAAAGAGGAGGGGCUGGCACCAGCCAGGAUGGGACGGCAAAGAACUGGUUUAAGAUUACAAUUCCUUAUGGCAGAAAAUAUGACAAGGCGUGGCUCCUAAGUGUGAUUCAGAGCAAGUGCAGUGUCCCUUUCACCCCUGUUGAGUUUCACUAUGAAAACACACGGGCCCAGUUUUUCGUUGAGGAUGCCAGUACCGCCUCUGCAUUGAAGGCUGUCAACUAUAAGAUUUUGGAUCAGGAGAACCGAAGGAUAUCUAUCAUCAUCAACGCCUCUGUUCCGCCCCAUUCUGUGCAGAAUGAGCUGAAACCAGAACAAGUAGAGCAGCUAAAGCUGAUCAUGAGCAAACGAUACGAUGGCUCCCAACAAGCACUUGACCUCAAAGGCCUCCGUUCAGACCCAGAUUUGGUGGCCCAGAACAUUGAUGUUGUCCUGAAUCGUAAAAGCUGCAUGGUGGCUACCCUGCGAAUCAUUGAAGAGAACAUCCCCGAGCUGUUGUCCCUGAACUUGAGCAACAAUAAGCUAUACAGGUUGGAUGACCUGUCCAGCAUUGUGCAGAAAGCACCCAACCUAAAGAUCCUAAACCUCUCUGGAAAUGAGUUGAAGUCUGAGAGGGAGUUGGACAAGGUAAAAGGCCUGAAGCUAGAAGAGCUGUGGCUUGACGGAAACCCCCUGUGUGACACCUUCCGAGACCAGUCCACUUAUAUCAGCGCCAUUCGUGAACGAUUUCCCAAAUUACUACGUCUGGAUGGCCAUGAGUUACCCCCGCCAAUUGCCUUUGAUGUUGAAGCCCCCACGAUGUUACCACCCUGCAAGGGAAGCUAUUUUGGAACAGAGACCCUGAAAAAUCUGGUCCUGCACUUCUUGCAGCAGUACUAUGCAAUUUAUGACUCUGGAGACCGGCAGCGGCUCCUGGAUGCCUAUCAUGAUGGAGCCUGCUGCUCCCUGAGCAUUCCUUUCAUCCCCCAGAACCCUGCCCGAAGCAACUUGGCCGAGUAUUUCAAGGACAGCAGGAAUGUGAAGAAGCUUAAAGACCCUACCCUGCGGUUCCGGCUGCUGAAACACACACGUCUCAACGUUGUUGCCUUCCUCAAUGAGUUGCCCAAAACUCAGCAUGACGUCAAUUCUUUCGUGGUAGACAUAAGCGCUCAGACAAGCACGUUGCUGUGUUUUUCUGUCAAUGGGGUCUUCAAGGAAGUGGAUGGAAAGUCUCGGGAUUCUUUGCGAGCUUUCACCCGGACGUUCGUUGCUGUUCCUGCCAGCAAUUCAGGGCUGUGCAUCGUAAACGACGAGCUGUUUGUGCGGAAUGCCAGCCCCGAGGAGAUCCAAAGAGCCUUUGCCAUGCCUGCACCCACACCUUCCUCCAGCCCAGUGCCCACCCUCUCCCCAGAGCAGCAGGAAAUGCUGCAGGCAUUCUCGACCCAGUCUGGCAUGAACCUCGAGUGGUCCCAGAAGUGCCUUCAGGACAACAACUGGGACUACACCAGAUCUGCCCAGGCCUUCACUCAUCUCAAGGCCAAGGGCGAGAUCCCAGAAGUGGCGUUCAUGAAGUGAUCCGGAGUCCUGCCCCAGAAGAAGCCCCCUGUAAAUAGCCCUUGGAUAUUGAUGUCUCCUUGUCAUGGUUGUCACCUCCUCCUCUCCGGCCCGAGGCCACCCCGUGACUGUGACUGAGGAGGGAGGGCUGCUGGCUCCGUCUCUUCACCUGCGUUCUGGAAGACUUCUGGAAGAUUGAGCCUCACUGGUGCCAGGAAUCCAAAGCUUACUUUGUAGAACUGACACUAAACUACUCGAAGGACCUAGGUGCUUUGUGUACUUAACCCCGGAAUCCUCCCCACUUUUUAAGAUAAAAGAGUGAUAUUGU